UCGCUUAUAGCUUUGUAGCCGUUUACUUGUGAAUUUGUACGGGGAAUGUAGAAUGGCCGUGGUGUUUGGGAAGCUCGCCGUUGGCACGUAUGUGGAAAUAAAGCGCAGUGAUGGACGCAUACAUGAGGCGAUGGUGACGUCCCUGAACGAGGACAACGAGAGUGUCACGGUGGAGUGGAUAGAGAAUGGAGACACAAAAGGGAAAGAGAUUGAUUUGGAGAGUAUAUUUACACUUAACCCAGACGUGGGUCCGGACGAAGAAAUUGUCCGGAGUCCGGAGACUCCUCCGACUACAGGGGUGAAGGUUAAUAAAAUAGCAAAGAACCGCGGGACGAUAGCACCUUCCAAGAUUGACACUCCGUCCAGGGACAGCAGAGUCAUUCCGAAUCAGGCCCGACCCCAUCAGUCUCAACAUGCUGAAUCAGUCCUGCCCCCUCCAUCACAGCAGCCUCAGCCCCCACAGGCUCCCACACAGCAGCAGCUGCAGAAUGAGUCUUUCCAUCAGCUGCUAACCAGAAAGGAAAUUGGACAACUUUCUAGGAGGAAGUCAAACUGUGUGAAGGAGGUCGAGAAGCUGCAGGAGAAAAGGGAGAAGCGUCGGCUUCAGCAGCAGGAGCUAAGAGAAAAGAGGGCUCAGGAGGUGGACACAACCAUUCCUAAUUAUGAGAUCAUGUGCAUGAUUCGAGAUUUCCGGGCAAGUCUUGAUUACCGACCUCUGACCACAGCAGAUUUGAUCGAAGAACAUAGAAUAUGCGUAUGUGUGAGGAAACGUCCGCUAAAUAGAAAAGAACUCACCAUGAAGGAUUUGGAUGUGAUCACGAUCCCCAGCAAGGAUGUGGUGAUGGUACACGAACCGAAACAGAAGGUGGACCUGACUCGCUUCCUGGAGAACCAAACCUUCCGCUUCGACUACGCCUUUGACGAAGCCACCACCAAUGAGAUGGUUUACAGGUUCACUGCCAGGCCAUUAGUGGAGACCAUAUUUGAGAGGGGCAUGGCCACUUGCUUUGCCUAUGGGCAAACAGGAAGUGGCAAAACUCAUACAAUGGGCGGAGAUUUUUCUGGGAAGAACCAAGACUGCUCAAAAGGAAUUUAUGCAUUGGCUGCUCGGGAUGUAUUUCUCAUGUUGAAGAAACCCAAUUACAAGAAGUUAGAGCUACAAGUGUAUGCGACCUUUUUUGAAAUCUACAGUGGAAAGGUGUUUGACCUGCUGAAUCGCAAAACUAAACUGAGGGUGCUGGAGGACCGAAAACAGCAAGUGCAGGUUGUGGGGCUUCAGGAGAAGGAGGUCAAGUGCACAGAAGAUGUCCUGAAACUCAUCGAAGUGGGCAACAGCUGCAGGACAUCAGGGCAGACGUCGGCCAACGCCCACUCGUCUCGCAGCCACGCCGUCUUCCAAAUUAUUCUUCGGAGGAAGGGCAAACUGCACGGCAAGUUCUCCCUCAUCGACCUGGCCGGGAACGAGAGAGGCGCCGAUACUUCAAGUGCUGACCGCCAGACUCGCCUGGAGGGUGCGGAGAUCAACAAAAGCCUGCUGGCGCUCAAGGAGUGCAUCAGGGCUCUCGGCCGCAACAAGCCACACACUCCGUUCCGAGCCAGUAAACUCACCCAGGUCCUGCGAGACUCAUUCAUUGGUGAAAAUUCCCGUACGUGCAUGAUUGCAACAAUCUCCCCUGGUAUGACAUCCUGCGAGAACACCCUCAACACGCUCCGUUACGCCAACAGAGUGAAGGAGUUUGGGAUUAGUCCAUCCGACAUCCCCUUCUCUCAGGGUGGUCAGGGGAGUCGCCCUGAGCACUCUCCGACCAAUACCUUUGAGUACGAUGACUUUGCUGCUACUCCCCCCGGCAGGGUGAAGGAACUUACUGUGGACCACAACCAGGUGAUGGAAGGAGGUCGUGCCAACAUCCAUGCCGUCAACCAGCUGGACUUUCUAGAUGAGGACUGGCAGAACAGUUCGCCACAAAGAGACGACCUCAAGCUGCUCUGUGAGCAGAAUGAGGAGGAAGUGUCUCCUCAGCUCUUCUCCUUCCACGAGGCUGUUUCUCAGUUGGUGGAAAUGGAGGAGCAGGUCCUAGAGGACCACCGGGCUGUUUUCCAGGAGUCCAUCCGGUGGCUGGAGGAUGAGAAGGAGCUCCUGAAGAUGACAGAAGAGGAGGUGGACUACGAUGUGGAAUCUUACGCCACUCAGCUGGAGAAGAUCCUGGACCAAAAGAUAGACAUCCUCACCGAGCUCCGAGAUAAAGUGAAAUCGUUCCGCUGUGCUCUCCAAGAGGAGGAGAAGGCCAGCAAGCAGAUCAACCCCAAGAGGCCACGUGCUCUUUAGUGAGCCACCGAGGAGGUGGAAAGAGAACCACUAAGACCGACUUGCCUGUCGAAGCACAAAUUCAAGGACUGGCUCUUCCCUACAGGCUCAAACAAUUACAACUGUUAAGACUCCUCAUAAAACUGACUUGUCGCUACAGUCUUGUUAGGAAAUUUAGGAAGAACACUUUGGGAAAGGAAAUAGUUUCAUUUUUGGUUUUUCUCAUGGAGGAUGUUUAGGAGUCGUCUAACCAUUCCCCUUAAAUUAUUUUCUUUGUACUUUUGAACAUAUUUUUUUUGGACAUGGUUUCCACUUUUGCCACACAAAACUGACGUACGAUUUACGGUUGGCUUGGCUACUAUGUACAGUCUGCAUGUGCACUGAUGUUAUGGCGUCAUGGUUUUUGUCACUAUAUAGUCAUGUCUGAUAUGCAGUCUGUCCCCCCUCCCACUUUUUACAUGUGAGGAACAAGCAGGAGAGCAAAAUGUUUCUUCCUCUUGUAGGCCCCGAAAAACAUUUUUACAGGAUUCACUUACAUCUUGUGCCAUUUCGUGCUACGUGACAAUAGUUUCUAAACUCAAAACGUCCCAACAUUUUGCACCCCUGUUACAAUUUGUUAUAAAAACAACUGGAAAUGGAAAAACGACAAUAAAUGUAUAGUGAAGAACAC